AUGUCCGAGUCUGCGAUGUCCGAGUCUGCGAAGUCCGAGUCUGUGAACCUCCAGGAUACUGUGGUUCCCGGUCCCUCAUUGGCGGCUCCUCCAUACUCCGCCCCUCAGUCCUCGGAUCCAGGAGCCUUCAGUCCCGGGGCAGAGCUCCCCACAGACCAGACCGGACCUCCUCCUCCGUACUCUGCUCUGGCUCCACAUCUGUGCGAAGAAAAAGGACUGGGUUCAUGUGAGACUUUCCCAGAACCAGGACCGAACCCAGACCUCUGCCCCGACGAGGCGGCUCUGACCCCGUCUGCGUUUGACGACAAAACUGUGAGGAGAGCCUUUGUCCGGAAGGUGUUCAGCCUGGUCUUCCUGCAGCUGCUCUUCACCUUCACGGUGGUCUGCGUCUUCACCUUCUCGUCCACGGUCAAAGCUCUGGUUCAGUCCAGUAUCUGGCCGUACGUGUCGUCCUACAUCGUGUUCGCCGUGGUCGUGAUCCCGCUGAGCUUCUGCACCUCCCUGAGCCGCCGCCAUCCCUGGAACCUCAUCGCUCUGGUGGUUGUCACGGUGACGCUGUCCUACAUGGUGGGGACCAUCGCCUCGUACCAUGACACGGUGACGGUGGUGCUGACCAUGGGAGCCACUCUGGCCAUCGCUCUGGCCGUCAUCGCCUUCUCUGCACAGACCCGGUACGACUUCACGGUCUGCUACGGUCUCCUCCUGGUCCUCUCCGUGGACCUCCUGAUGUUUGUGGUCUUCUCCUCCUUCUAUUACACGCACAUGGCGCAGGUGGCGUACGGAGCUCUGGGCGCGCUGAUCUUCUCUCUGUUCUUGAUGGCGGACGUCCAGCUGAUGAUGGGAGACCGCGUGAACCCAGAAGAGUAUGUGUUCGCGGCCCUGAGCAUCUACCUGGACAUCAUUCUGAUCUUCCUCUACCUGCUCGGGAGGAGGUGA